UGGGAUUGAAAACAUUUUAACACAGCGGGGUUAGUUGUCACACAGUGUUACAACUAAGCCUCCAGUAUACAAUAAAAAUAAAACGAAAAGCAUGUAAGUACUAAUCAUCAAAAUAACUGUUAAUACAAAAUCAGAGGAAAUAACUCAUUGUGAUUUUUUUCGUCUUAAUUGUGCAGCCCUUUCAAAAAAAUAUAUUUAUAUGAAUUGAUGCAUAAUACAAAUAUGGUUUGUGUGGAUAUCUAUGUAUUAUAGGCAGAUAUAUAAACAAUAUCCACCUUUAGUGUAUAGACAAAUUUGAUUGAAUUAUUUGUCUUUUAACCAAAUUUUCUAGCAGGUGUUACAACAAACCCUCUUUUUGUUACAAUGAACCCCACCUAUGGGGUAAGUUGUAAUGUUUGCACUCCUGUCACUUUCGGUGUAAUUGUACGAUAACAUUAGGACCCACAAACAAACUUUUAGUGUUCAUUUGUAGCAGAGAUGUGUGUGUUGAUUGUGUAAAAAAAAAUAUUAAUCUAACUUAAAUAUUUUUGUCAAAAAGCAUUAGGUUGUGCCCCGCUCUCCCCUACAGUAUGAUGAUAAAUUACAUAUUUUUCCAAACAUAAAGUGAUUUAAUCAAAGUUUGUUACCCUUUUUAUUCACAUCUAAAUCAAUUUGCUGACAUUUAAUUACUAACAAUUCAACAACCCUUAUCUUAACCAACACUCUAAAAACAAACGGUGCUAUAUAGCACCAAAAGUGGUUCUUUGCUCGUAAUCAUAGAAGAACCAUUUUUAGUGCCAUAUAGCACCAGUGAAGCACCUGUGUAGAACCAUAUAGUGCUUUGUAGAACCAUAUGUGGUGCUAUAGUGGUGCUAUAUGGCUCCUAUAAGGUUCUACACAGGUGCUUCACCGGUGCUAUAUGGCACUAAAAAAUUGUUCUUCUAUUGUUACGAUCCAAAGCAACAGUUUUGGUGCUAUAUAGCACCGUUUGUUUUUUUAGAGUGAAGUAAACCAUGUUGUUUUAUUAAAAUUUAUUGUAAAUAAAGAAAAUUAAAUGUACAUUGUAUCCUAAAUAAGCCCGACAAUUGCUGUAUAAUCCGUUCACGUCGUACAAAAGUCAAAAAAGAAACAUCAAAUUUACAAAAUGCAUAAUAAAGUUCUCUGUAAUAAGCAUCAGUGAAGUUCGCUUGCAGGCAGCUGUAAUGAUUUGUCACGACCACUAGAGGGGCGCUGUGGUGCUGUCCACGUCUCGAGCUGACGACCUGAUAGCCUUAACCAAACAAUUAAGAGAUAUUUCCGUUAGUGUCAACUCAAGAAAUAUCCUUUAAUUGUAAGGUGAAGGUUAUCACUUCUCAUCGUACACGCAGGCUCCAUUCAGAGAGGCAAGUAUGCAAGAUUAAGAAGAAACGUGACUUCAGUAGGCUAUCAGGUUUUUUCUGUCAUGAAGAUUCAGAAUUCGUAUUCAAGUCGUUCUCCACACCUAUUGUCCAUAUUGAUAGUGCGGAGUUUCAAUGAUAAAGCGCGUAAAAAACAACACAGAUCAAUGAUUUUGAUGUUGAUAGCACCAUUCAGUCACUGUUGCAGUCUGGCAAUCACCCACUUGCUUUCCUUGCGCUUCCGUGCCCCAUUCAUUUCCAACGUGUGCAAAAUAUGCGAUAGACGAAGCGCGCGCGGUUGCUUUCUCUUCUGAUUCACGUGGAGUCGCUGCCUGUGUGGCUGGGGAACUUCAGAAAUUUUGCACAGUCCCUGGCAUAACUUUUCUUUCCCAACAAUAUCCAGUUUUCACAUUGGGAAAAAUAGUUCAGUUGGUAUCAGUGAAGGAAUUCUGCUUGUUGGUGAUCGUCUGAAGUUCACGCGCCCAGGGUUGUGAUACACCUGCUGCCGUCACUUCGCUGUAGUUCCGGCGACUCUCUCCGGCGCGAGCAAAUUUCAUUUCUCCGUGGCUUUUGCCGUACCGUUCGGAUCUUUGGAUUUUUCAGUCACGUGAUGGAGCGAAGCGAGAAAGACUGCGCGCUUUGAGAGAGUACGCGUGUAUGUGGAGAGAGAGAGAGAGAGAGAGAGAGAAAAGGGGGGGGUCUCUCAGCGCUGCAGUUAGCGGUAUCCAAACCAUACUGAGAACUGGAACGCACGGACCCGUUGCUUUGCCUCUGACCGUGGUACCCCCGUCGUCUCCCUCGCUCUCUCUUUCCGCCCUACCCCUCCUUUUCUGCUUUCCUUCCCUUGAGAGCUUCUUUUCCCCGCGAAUAUCCUUUCUCACUUUCAAUUUUAAUAGAUCUCGGAGAAAGAUAGAAGCGACGCACCCGUGAUCUCCUCUUGAUCUACAUCACUGUGGUCAUUCACGCGCAUUUUCUCUCACUCUCUCUGGAACUGUAUUUUUGGACCGCCGUGGACGCGUGGAUGAUACACCGGGGCGAGAACCGGAGAUGGAGUUGCUCGUGAUCAGCCUCUCCUUAUGGAUCCUGCAGUGCCGCUUAGCUCGCGCGGACUCCAUUAUCCACAUCGGUGCAAUAUUUGAACAGAACGCUAUACGGGACGAUGAGGUUUUUCAGCUGGCGAUUUCAGAUCUGAGUUUGAACGACGACAUCCUCCAGAGCGAGAGGAUUACCCAUUCCAUCAAACUAAUCGAGCCCAAUAACCCCUUCCAGGCGGUACAAGAAGCCUGUGAGCUCAUGAAUCAAGGGAUCUUGGCGCUGGUGUCGUCUACAGGCUGUGCCGCAGCCAAUGCACUUCAGUCUCUCACAGAUGCCAUGCACAUUCCUCACCUGUUCAUCCAGAGGAACGGAGACGGCACACCACGUGCCGAGUGUCCGUUGAACCCCAGCCCUGACGGAGAGCGCUACACGCUGGCCGCUCGCCCUCCAGUGCGCCUAAAUGACGUCAUGAUCACGCUCGUCUCUGAGCUGCGCUGGCACAAGUUUAUCAUCUUCUAUGACAGCGAGUAUGAUGUCCGUGGACUGCGGGGAUUUCUGGACCAGGCGUCCCGAAUGGGUUUGGACGCGUCUCUGCAGCAGGUUGACCGAAACGUGACAAAGGUUUUUUCCACGCUGUUCAGCACCAUGAGAAUGGAGGAGCUUAACCGUUACCGAGACACGCUCAGACGGGCCAUCCUGCUGCUAAGUCCUCGCACUGCCCAGGUGUUCAUAAACCAGGCAGUGGAAACAAAUCUGGCAUCCAAAGAUAGUCACUGGGUGUACGCCAAUGAGGAGGUGAGUGACACAGAGAUUAUGGAGCUUGUCCACAGCGCUCUGGGACGAAUGACGGUGAUCAGGCAGAUCUUCCCACUGUGGAGAGACACCAACAUCCGCUGCAUGAGGAAUAACCAUCGCAUCUCUUCGCUGCUGUGUGACCCACAGGAGGGCUAUCUGCAGUCUCUGGAGGUGUCUAGCCUGUACUUGUACGACAGCGUGCUGAUGUUGGCCAAUGCCUUCUACAGAAAGUUAGAGGACCGAAAGUGGCACAGCAUGGCUAGUUUAAACUGCAUGAGGAAGUCAACCAAGCCCUGGAAUGGAGGGUGGUCCAUGUUGGACACCAUUCAAAAGGGACGAAUUUCUGGCCUCACUGGCUUAAUGGACUUCCGUAGCAAUGGUGCAAACUCGCACGUUCAGUUUGAGAUCCUGGGGACCAGUUACAGCGAGACGUUUGGAAAAGACGUAAAACGGCUGGCAACGUGGGACUCCGAUCGCGGGCUGAAUGGGAGUCUGAGGGAGAACCGAGCUGAACAAGGCAUGCAAGGAAUAACUCUGAAAGUGGUGACCUUAUUGGAGGAGCCUUUCAUAAUGGUGGCUGAAAACAUCCUUGGCCAGCCAAAACGAUACAAGGGCUUUUCUAUAGAUGUUCUGGAUGCCCUGGCAAAGGUUUUGGGAUUUAAGUAUGAAAUAUAUCAAGUGGCUGAUGGGAAAUACGGAUCUCAUCAGGCCAACGGCUCGUGGAACGGAAUGAUCGGAGAACUGAUCGGGAAGAGGGCAGAUGUGGCUAUUUCGGCCAUCACCAUCACUCCUGAGCGAGAGAACGUUGUUGACUUCAGUAAACGAUAUCUGGAUUAUUCGGUGGGGAUUCUAAUGAGCAAAGCAGAAGAGAGACUGAACAUCUUCUCCUUGCUGGCACCGUUUGACCUGGCCGUGUGGGCCUGUAUUGCCGCAUCCAUUCCUGUGGUGGGUGUCAUGGUCUUUUUGCUCCGACGCAUCCAGUCUGUCCGCUCCCAGAAUCCUCCUGGCUCUCUCCAGCCUGCUUCUGCCACCACAUCUUUCCAAAGUGCCAUCUGGAUCGUCUAUGGAGCCUUUGUACAGCAAGGUGGCGAGUCAUUCAUGAGUUCAGUGGCUCUCAGGAUUGCAAUGGGAAGCUGGUGGCUGUUUACCCUCAUCGUCUGUUCAUCCUACACAGCCAACCUGGCAGCCUACCUCACAGUUUCUCGCAUGGACAAUGCUAUUCGAACGUUCCAAGACCUUUCUAAGCAGACAGACUUGAGCUAUGGGACGGUGAGAGAUUCAGCUGUGUACGAUUACUUCAGGGUGAAGGGCACGAACCCCCUGGAGCAAGACAGCACUUUCGCAGAGCUAUGGAGGACUAUCAAUAAAAACCAGGGACAGGACAACUCUGUGAACUCUCCCACUGAAGGAAUCCGCAAGGUGAAACGGGAUUCGUACGCCUUCUUGUGGGAUAUGGCGGUGCUGGAGUACGCAGCGUUGACGGAUGAUGAUUGCACGCUGGUGGUCACGGGGAACGGCAUGAGCAGUAAAGGAUACGGCCUGGCUCUGCAACACGGCAGCCCAUACAGAGACCUCUUCUCUCAAAAGAUACUUGACUUGCAGGAGAAGGGGGACAUUGAUAUUCUGAAGCAGAAAUGGUGGCCACGAAAAGGUCGCUGCGACCUGGACAAGCAAGCAGAAGCCCAGCCGGAGGGCCGAGCGCUGAGACUACACAGCUUCGCCGGGGUCUUCUGCAUCUUAGCGGCGGGGCUGCUGUUAGCCUGCCUGGUGGCCGCGCUGGAGUCUUGGUGGAAAGGCCCACGGUGCCAGCGGGCGCAGCCCAAAGAGGACACUAAGGGCUGCGCUCUGGAGAUGGCGUCUGGGUCAUUGGCAUAUAAUGAAAUUGCAACUGCUGCAGGAUGCGCACGGGACGUUUGGCCAGAGAGAGAGAGAGACUGGGAGGACUCGCAGGCUUUUUACACAGGACAAAGAGGUGAAUCUGGAACAGGUUCACCAACGUUUGACUGGGCUUAUGGAGGACGAUCUAGCGCACAAGCAGCUACCGGGUCAGUCUCUGGAGAUCUCUGCCCUGGACAUGGGCAGCAUGCGACCGCAGCAGAGCUCUCAGGAAGCCAUGAGAGAUUUCAACCCUGGGGCCCUGUCCGUGACCUCGUUCCUCCAGGAGGGUCCUGGAAUCGGCCGCGUGCCCGGACGGAGCCUCCCCCUCCCUCUCAGCAGUUCCACUCUGCCCCCCUCCAUGCGUUGCAAACACCGGGCACCCAACGGAGGCCUUUUCCGCCAGAGCCCCGUAAAGACUCCUAUGCCCAUCUCUUACCAGGCAGUGCCCGGGGGACCCAUCCCAGAAGCCAUUGAUCCAAGCCAUGGGACCUCUAUUUGAUCUGACCAAUCACAUUGUUCUAAAGACAACAGGAAGUCUGGACCAGGUCUGGGUGCAUUUAUACUAUUGCAUACGUAAAAAGGAAUAUUGAGAUCUUUUUAUUUCAGUACAGAAGAUAAAACAUAUGACUGUGAGUAAAGAGACGCUGACUUUCCUUGACUGUACAUAUUUGUAUAUAACGAGAGACGGCGGUGAAGUCAAAGUGUAUUUUGAAUAUUCAUGAUUUUUUUGAAGUUGAGUUUAAAAGAAGUAACUUACAUAAAAAUACAGACUGUUUGAAUGGCUUUGUAAAUUUUGUUCUAA